AUGGACUCGACCUAUGACCCCAGCUGGGUCACCAUGUGGCUGACCAGAAGCCUGUUCUUCUGCUGCCUGGCUCUGGGGGGGCUGCCCAGGGUCCGCUGCUCAUGUCCGCUGCAGUGCAGCUGCACCUUCCGCAGCCUCAGCGAUGGGACCAAAGCCAGGAUGGUGCUGUGCAACGACCCCGAGUUGACCCUGACACCUGUAGCCAUUCCAUCUGACACCCAGAAGCUCCGCAUAGAGAAGACAUCCAUCCGGUGGGUCCCCGGAGAGGCCUUCCAUGGGCUCUCACACCUGGAAUACCUGUGGCUGCCCUACAACUCCCUGGCCAGCUUCAGCCCGGGGCUGCUACGGGGGUUGCAGCAGCUGCGGGAGCUGCGGCUGGGUGGGAACCACCUGGUCUCAUUCCCCUGGGAAGCGUUGGGCAGCACGCCACAGCUCAGCCUGCUGGACCUGCGUGGAAACCUCCUCUCCUCCGUGCCCGGGGAAGCCGCCCGCUUCGUCGGGAACCUCACUUACCUAGAUCUCUCUAGCAACAGGCUGAAAAACCUUCCCCAGGAGCUUAUUGCCACCUGGUCCAACCUCCAGGCUGCUCCACACUUCCCCGGCGACAACUCCAAGGUUAUUUUAGGUUUACAGGACAAUCCUUGGGCGUGUGACUGCAGCUUGUAUGAAAUGGUCCACUUCCUCAACUUCCAGCCUCCACAUUUGGCCUUCAUUGAGUCCAGACUGAAAUGCUUCACACCCUGGAGUCUGGCUGGCGUCGCUUUCAGCCAGGUGAAGCUGAAGAAAUGCCAAAGUCCCCAGGUGCACAUGUCUGUGGCCAAAAUGAAGACGGUCCUGGGGAGCCCUGUGUUUUUGCGCUGUGGAACCUCGGGGGUGCCCGUGCCGGAGCUCAGCUGGAGGAGGGUAGACGGGCGCCAUCUGAGUGGCACAGUGCACCAGGAAAUCUCCAGCGACGGCAUGAACUGGUCCGUUCUGGGCUUGCCAGUGGUGUCCUAUGGUGACUCCGGGGAAUAUGUCUGCCAAGCCAAAAAUGCCCUGGGGGCUGCGGAGGCCUUCAUCUCCCUCAUCAUCAUCAAUGCAGCGAGCCCACAGGGGCCGAGCAGAAGCCCUCAGCAGGGGCGGCUUGGUGGCUCAGACACACUGGAAGCGUCCUCCUUCAAGGACAAGUUGAUGGCAGGGUACAUCCUCGGGUCCCCCAGCCUGCCCACUCUGAUGGCCCCGCACUGGGCCCCCGGCCCUGGACCACCCCACAAAUGGGCCGGGGGAACCAGGGUGCCACCCCUGAGCCGACCCACCACUCAGCCGGAACUUGAGCACGUGGUAAGGUCCAUCAAGGUCAUCGGGGACACGUAUCACAGCGUGUCUCUGGCAUGGAAGCCCCUCCAGGCCAGGCCCACGGCCACCUUCAGUGUCCUCUAUGCCGUCUUCGGUGAGAGGGACAUGCGCCGCAUCAGCGUGGGGCCGGGUAAGACCAGGGUGACCAUCGAUGGUCUGACGCCCCAGACCAAGUACAUCGCCUGUGUCUGCCUGGAGGCACACGUGCCCAGGAAGGAGCAGUGUGUCAUCUUCUCCACAGACGAGGCCGCCAGCGCUGGGGGUACGCAGAAACUCAUCAACGUGGUGGUGGUCAGUGUGGCUUGUGUCAUUGCGGUGCCCCUGACCCUGGUGGUCUGCUGUGGGGCUCUGAAACGCCGCUGCAGAAAGCGCUUCAUGCAGGAGCCUGAGGGCCCUCAGGAUGCCUAUGGGACCUUUGAGACCCUGUCCCCUGGGGUACUCAGCCCUGGAGCCAGGGGAGGAGGAGGAGGAAAUGGAGGAGGAGGAGGCAGCUUCGACGAAGACAACAGACUGUUGUCGGCCCGGACCAGCGUGGACUCCCAGGCUGGACUCAAGGGGGUGGGGCUCUUUCUGCCCAAUGGCCACAUCUGCUGA